AUUUAAAAAAAAAGUUCCUGUUAAGACACAACGCAAAGCUUCAUAAAAUUCACAAAAUGGAUAUGACCAGCGCGAAUUCGUUAAAUAUGCGUCCUUUCUUCUCCGGCUAUCCAUUUCAAGGUCAGGGUCGCGUCAACCAACUUGGCGGCGUAUUCAUUAACGGAAGACCGCUACCGAAUCAUAUUCGUUUGAAAAUCGUCGAAAUGGCCGCUAACGGCAUAAGACCCUGUGUGAUCUCACGCCAGCUACGCGUUUCGCAUGGUUGUGUGUCGAAAAUAUUAAAUCGUUACCAGGAAACCGGUUCAAUACGGCCGGGUGUAAUAGGCGGUUCUAAACCGAAGGUUACAUCGCCGGAAAUUGAAACGCGUAUCGAGGAGUUGCGCAAAGCGAAUCCAGGCAUAUUCAGUUGGGAGAUACGCGAGAAACUGAUCAAGGAGGGCUUCACCGAUCCACCAUCCACAUCGUCCAUCAGUCGCCUAUUGCGAGGUAAUGAUCGUACCAGUGAAGAUGGACGCACGGAUUAUAGCAUACACGGCAUAUUACGUGGACGCGACUCGGACAUCAGCGAUACCGAAUCGGAGCCUGGCAUACCGCUGAAACGUAAGCAGCGUCGUUCGCGUACCACUUUCACCGCCGAACAAUUGGAGGCGCUCGAACGCGCCUUCACCCGCACUCAAUACCCCGAUGUGUAUACACGCGAAGAGCUCGCACAGACUACCGGUCUCACUGAGGCGCGCAUACAAGUGUGGUUCAGCAAUCGACGCGCUCGCUUACGCAAACAUUCCGGCGGCUCUGGCACGCAUGGCCUCUCGCCCAUGAAUGGUGGCGGUAGCGGCGCUGUGGGAGUACCUGGUGGUGCGGUGGGUGUACCUGGCAGUGCCGCGACAGCACCGCUCGGCUUUGGUUCACUUGCCGCAGUCGGUUCAAUGUCUGGCUAUAGUCCAGCCGCUGCGAGCACGGCCAGCGCCGGCAUGAAUGACAAUCACGCCGCGCAUGCAGCUGCAGCCGCGGCAGCAGCGGUAGCACAUCAUCCGCAUCAUCAUACGCAAAUGGGCAGCUACGAUUUGGUGGCGCAGUCGGCGCAACAUGGAUUCGCUAGCAGUUUCCAGCACGGGCACUUUGGCGGGCAAAAUUACUAUCAUCAGGAUUAUUCCAAGCUCACAAUCGAUGACUUCUCCAAAUUGACAGCUGAGAGCGUAUCGAAAAUUUCGCCUUCCCUUUCGCAUCUCACCGGUGAAAACUAUUCGAAACUGGAGCCCUCCACGAAUUGGUCGCAGGCCGCCUAUCAUCUCAACCAGUCGGCAGCAGCUGCGGCUAACUAUAAUGCGGCCGCCGCGCAUCACGCGCACGCCGCUGUUGCACAGCAUACGCUCAACGAUUAUGCGGCGGCUGGCGUGGCUGCGGCGGCUCACAACAAUCAACUGAAUAGUGCAGCAGCAGUGGCCGCGGCGGCUUACAAUCACCCGCUCCCCGCGCAGGGGCAAGCGAAGUAUUGGCAAUGAAGUUUUUGCGACGGUGCGGGGUAGUUAAAGAAGAAAUUAGAUAUUUAAGAGAAUAGUUUAGAAUUCUAGAAACAGUUGAGGUUGUGGCGCGAAACAUUGAAAUGUGGCACGCAGGCGCAAUUUUGUGAGAGAAUUCACGGUGUCCUUAUUUUUUCUGCGUUCACAUUUUAAUUAUGCAAAUUUUUAUAUAAAAAAGAGAAUAUUUGGAAUAUUUCAGUGGCAUUAACUUAUAAAACAUACAGCAGCCUUAUUAUCGAAUAUUUGAAAAUAUAUUCCACCUAUUAAAAAUCUGUGGAACAGU